AUGCUUGAAUACAAAUAUGGUGAAAAGGUUGAGCUUCUGAUCAGAGAAAGCGGGAUUGAGAAAACUAAGAAAGAUAUUCUUCUAACUAGCGGUAAGGUCACUUUUAAGGAAUUGCUAGAUGUUCUUGCAUUGUGUGAUGGCGAGUCAAGGAAUAUAAUGCACUACAUGGCAGAACUUACACCGCUUAUAGGGGUGCAUGAGGAAAGGCCGCCGAUACCGAAGAGCGAGGAGUAUAAGAAGCUAAUGAAGAGACUACGAAUGCAGGAUGAGGAGAAGAAGUAUAGGAGGUACCUCUCACGGAACGAGAGCACUUUGCCCACUAGUGUGGAUUCUAUUGGGAAGUAUGUCUUUAUACCUGAAUCUGAACGGGUCCACAGCAGCAGCGCUGCGAGUAUGGCCAAGGAGGUGAAGCAUCAGCUGACGACUAUUUUGAAUGUUUUCAUAACUUGUGUGUCGUCCGGAUACGCCAUGUGGUACUGGAGUGGGAGUAGUCUGGGUCUUGCGAGUGACUAUGCCAUCCGGAUGCUGUUGAGUUUAGUUGUUGCGAUUAUUGUUUUAAUUGCAGAAGUUGUUGUCUUUGGCGGGUAUGUGAGGAAGGUCGAUGAAGCUCGAGAGAGAGAAAGAGCGAGUGUUGAGCGCAAGACUGUCGUUGAGACUGUCGUCAUCAAAUCUGGCGAAAGCAAGAGACAAAGGCCAAAGGAGAAACCUGCUCAAAACGGAAAACGGGAAUCGAAAACGAAAACAAAAACGACAACUAAAAUCAAUACGAAAAUCAAUACGAAAAUUAAUACGAAAAUCAAUACGAAAACAAAACCAGAGUAG